AUGUCUACAUACCCUAGACUCAGGCCUGAUCUCCAACAAACAGAAGCGUCUUCUUCCCAAGAAACCCCAAACUAUCUCUAUCUCUGCGUCUUGGAAAGAGAGAACGCCCGCCCCUUCGAAUUUGACUUCACUUUAGCUACCGGUAACGCUCUUGACAUCGGAUCUCUCACCAGACAUGAUUUGGUGGGUAUAUAUCGUUGCGUCGCAGCAGAAGAAUCUGUACAAAUAGGCCUAUGUUACCACCAAAGUCGUCUCCGCCACUCAAGCCAGAAAGUCCUCACCAUGAUCCAAAUCGCCAAAGUCAAAAACCAAGCUAUGUUAUGCGAGAUUCUUCGCCUGUGUCAACCCGCAGUCGAUAUACUUCAUGUGACCAACUGGUAUUUACGGGUUUUAAACACACUUGUUAGGGAGAAUGAAACUUUGAGGAUCCUUGAUAUUUCCUGGGACUUUAGUCUCGCUUGGUUAGAUGAUGCGGCGCAGAGGUUUACACGCGCUAGUAUCUUGGAAGGAAAGAUCGUGGAGGGGUUCGGAAAUGAGCUUGCAGAUAGUGUGCAAAUUCCGGUGUUUGAUAUGGCGAGUUGUUGGAAAUGA